CAAAACGCUUUCGUCCGCAUUUCACUAAAGUUCCGCCCACCAGACAGAUUGUCCCCCCUGGUGGACGAUUGGCACUCACCUGUACGGCUGUUGGAGCUCCUGCACCCAGAGUGGAUUGGUACCAUGGGAAUCGGCGAUUUGCGCAUGAGCAGGUUGAGCAAAAUACACCAGGAUCUGCGCGUAUACUAUUACUCGACCUGUCCGAGUCGAUAAAUGUCACAUGUGUGGCCGAGUCAUCGAUGGGUCGUGUCCACCAUGAAGUGCAAGUUGUUGUGAAAACCCUUCCGCAACCUCCUGGUCAACCUUCCCUCGUUGAUGUGGGAUCAACGUUUGCUCGCCUGGCUUUUACUCCUAGUCCAAGUCAACCGAUCUGGAAAUACCUACUGUUCUGGAUAGAAACAAAAUAUUAUGAUGAUCGAUUGUUACAGAUUAUGCCGCAUAAAGCGGCCAGCUUGCUUAAUACGAUCAUCGUGCACGAAGGGCCACCAUCUGGUUGGACAAACGCUGUAAGUCGCUUGAGUACUUCGCUAUCUCACACACCCGCUGUCAUUUUCAAGUUGACUUCCAGCUGGGAAACAACGACUGGCAAUUAG